AUGGGUUUAUUCAACCGCAAGCCACAGAGGGAAAAUUCAGGGGAGGAUACAAGUCCAGAGAACAAGAAGGAAAAGGGAAGUUGGAGAAGACCGGCCAAUACCGCUUUCAAGCAACAACGUCUGAAAGCAUGGCAGCCCAUUCUCACUCCCAAGACUGUCCUUCCUACAUUUUUCAUCCUCGGUGUUAUAUUUGGCCCAAUUGGUGGUCUCCUCAUUUGGGGUUCCUCACUCGUGUCAGAGAUGACUUUCGACUACACUGACUGCGAGAAGGUCGCCAACUCAUCACUUUCCGCCCUUCAGUUUGUAAAUCUACCCUCGAGCAAAUACUCUUACCACCUUAAGUCCGAAGACUCUAAGGCUACCAUCAAUGCACCCCCUUGCUAUGCCUUGGUCGACAACGGAAACGGGUCUGGCAACGAUCUUCAAUGCGUCCUCGAAUUCGACAUUCCAGCAGAUCUCAAGCCCUCGGUGUUCAUGUAUUAUAAGCUCACCAACUUCUUUCAGAACCACCGACGCUACGUGAAGAGUUUGAAUUCAGACCAGCUGAGCGGCAAGAGAGUAACUGCUGACACGCUAAACAAGAGCGACUGUAAACCUCUGGGUGGCCAAGGUGAUAAAGCGAUCUAUCCAUGCGGGUUAAUUGCGAACUCGAUAUUCAACGAUACUUUCACGGCUCCCGUACUACGGAAUCCGUCCGGCAGUACCGUACAAGAAGUACCUUACAAUUUUACGGACAAAGGCAUCGCAUGGCCUGGGGAACGCAAAAAAUACGUGCCGGAUCCUAUCGCUAGUGGCGGAUAUCAAUCGUUAGCUGAGAUUGUUCCACCACCCAAUUGGUCCAAGAAAUACCCCAAGGGCUAUACGACGGAUAAUCCCCCGCCUGAUCUCACCACGGAUGAACAUUUCCAAAACUGGAUGAGAACGGCAGGUCUGCCAACAUUCACCAAGCUUUAUUUCCGAAACGAUAACGAAACGAUGGCCAAGGGCAGAUACAGAAUGACCAUUGACUUGAACUUUCCGGUCCUUCCCUACAAGGGCACGAAGUCUAUCGUAAUAUCUACUGUAUCUUGGGUUGGGGGUAAGAACCCUUUCCUUGGUUGGGCGUACGUUGGGGCAGCUGCUCUCUUCGUUCUUCUUGCGAUUGUGGGGCUCGUCCGACAUCUUGUCAAGCCAAGGCGUCUCGGCGACAUGUCGUUGCUGUCCUGGAACCGAUGA